AUGGCCGCAUAUACAUCAACGAGCAUGGCUGACCAUAAAAAGCCAAAGGGCACGCACGACGUUAAAGAAGUCGUCAGGGUGGAAUUGCAAAUCCCCAGGGAUUGCAGAACAGAUAGAGGUUGCUUCGUUGACGUCCCUGGCUCAUGUGUUGAUACCUUCAUCGUGUUUCGUGUUGCAUAUAUUGCGUCCAUCGACAUGUGCUGGGAGCUUUUUUGUUGGUGUCAUUAUGAUCCACAUGAAAACCAAACAACCGUCUGGUAUCAUUACCUCUCUGGUGGCAUUCUUGACCUCUUACACGGUCACGGUAGUAUAGGAAUUGGUGAGGGCAACGGUGAUGGAGUGCAUGAGGAUAUUGUUUUUGUCUACGGUGUCACCGGCCGUUAUGUUGUGGCGCGUCCUCGUGUUUUUUUUCGGUUGGUAUUUUGUACGAACAAUACCGUAGACGCCAACGCUGAUUUGGGGGCCGUUGAAGAGUAA